GCGGGCUCACGUGAGUUUCGAAAGAAAAUACAAACAUGGCGGAUCUUCACGAACAUUUCACUACGAUAGAUUUUAUUGUAUUCGCAGCAACUCUGGCUGCAUCCGCUGGAAUCGGCGUGUACUUUGCCAGGGUUGGGUCUCGUAAUCAAAGCAAUAGCGAAUAUCUCAUGGCAAGUCGUAGCAUGUCCGCGAUCCCAGUUGCGAUUUCUGUCCUUGCGUCGUUUGUUUCGUCCAUCGCCGUCCUUGGGACACCGAACGAAGUGUACUCUUUCGGGUUCCAGUACUGGUUGCUAGUGUUCUCGUCAUUUGUGACAAUCCCACUUGUGGCUUACGUGUACCUCCCUGUGUACUAUAAUCUUAAACUAACUAGUGCUUAUGAGUACUUAGAGUUGAGGUUUUCAAAGAGUGUCAAGCUGCUGGCCUCAAGUGUGUUUAUAAUACAGACGCUCCUCUAUAUUGCUAUUGUGCUGUAUGGGCCAUCAUUGACAUUAGAAGCAGUCACAGGCUUCCCCUUGUGGAUUGCCAUAAUAACCAUUGGAUUGGUCUGUACUUUCUACACGACAUUGGGUGGUAUGAAAGCUGUAAUCUGGACAGAUGUCUUCCAGGGUGUGGUCAUGCUAGGGGGACUUUUAGCUGUUAUUGCUGUUGGUACUAGCCAUGUUGGGGGCAUCAGCAAAGUGUUUGAGAUUGCUAAACAUGGCAGCAGAUUUGAUAUAGAUUGGUCAGGAGAUCCCACCCACAGACUGACAUUCUGGGUUAUUAUAUUAACUGGAAUGUUUCAAAACCUUCCAGUCUACACAACAAACCAGACAGCAGUCCAGCGCUUCCUCACAUGUAAAUCCUUCAAGGAUGCCAUCAGAUCUGUAUGGCUGAACCUGCCACUGCAGUGGCUGAACACAACCCUGACUGUUCUCGUUGGCCUGGUUCUUUAUGCAUACUAUGCAACAUGUGAUCCUCUAACUGCUGGAUCCAUAGAGAAAGGAGAUGAGAUCCUUCCCUUCUUUGUUGUUGAAGUGCUUGGAAAAUCUGCUCCAGGAAUGCCUGGUGUUUUUGUGGCAAGUCUGUUCUGUGCCACACUGAGCACUGUGGCAUCAGGGUUGAACUCUCUAGCAGCUGUGACUGUGGAAGACUUCAUUUCUAUGUAUACAUCAAUCCCAAAGGACAAAGAAACCUUAGUGUCAAAAUGUCUAGUAAUUGUAUAUGGGUUCAUCUCACUUGGAUUGGCAUUUUUAGCUUCGAAACUUGGAAUGAUUUUACAGAUGAGCGCCUCCAUGUUCGGCAUCAUUGGUGGACCAAUGCUAGCUUUGUUUACCAUGGGAAUUUUAACAAGAACUGCCAAUUCCAAGGGUGUUUGGGCUGGGAUGAUUGCUGGAUUUGUGGUCAUCACGUGGAUCUCAGUAGGCGCACAGGUGCAACCCCCUGACUAUCCUAUCUUACCAAUCUCUGUGGCUGGCUGUGCAUCCAACACCUCUGCACUCAACAUUACCAUGCCACACAUUGCACGCCGGGGUAUGGGUUCCAACUCUGUAUACAGCAUAUCAUUCUUCUUGUAUGGACCAAUUGGAUUUAUCAUCACUCUGGUGGUCGCGAUGCUCAUCAGCAUUAUAUUUAAAGAUGACCAAUCUCCUCCACUUGACCCACGACUGUUCUUUGAUGUCCAUUCAUGUAUCACAAAGGCUACCAAGUCACCAUGCAACAAAAGCUCAUUACAUUCAUUGGACAGUGAGGAGGAAUCAAGUGAAUCUAGUCCGCUUUAUCAUGACUCUAAGAUCCAUUAGUGGAUUGAUCACCAUAAAAAGAAAAAAAAAUCAAAUAAUACAUGAAUAUCAAAUAAUGGAUGAAUUUUAUCGCUUUCAUUUUUUCUCACCCAUACAACACUUUCUUUCCAUACUGUAAAUAAUCUAUUAAACGCCAGGGGAGUUUUGAUGGUAGAAUGUCUACUUUCGAUUCUCAAAAGACGUGCCAUUUGUAGACAAAACUAUAAAGCGUAAGCUAGUAUGUAGCCAAAUCUGACAAUAAGCGUCCCGUGGAGAUACUGCAAAGGCAUAAAUAAUUUCUUUUUGUUGUUUUCUGGGGUGGUCAGAUUUUUAUCAGAGAACUCACUCCCUCCUUACCCCCCCCCCCCCCCCCCCAAAAAAAAAAGAAAAUCAGGUCACCUUUUUCCCGAUUUUACACCCCCUCGCCAAAGAAAAACCCUGGGUAUGGGCCUGUUGAUUUAUAUUACCCAAAUUCCUAUGUCGUGUAUUUUCAAGCUGGAAGGGAGGGUAGGGGAAGGGGGCUGUUAAAUAGAGGGGGGGCGUUUAUAAGAGUUUGUUCAUUACAAACUUGUAAGCUUAGGGGGGGGGGCGUUCAUUAGAUAGGAGGCGUUUUCUAGGUAGGGGGCGUUAAUUAGAUUAUUUAUUUAAUAUACCAAAAUACCAUAUAUUGUACAAAUGUCCAAUUGUAAAUAAAAGAAAUGAAAUAGAGAGUUUACAA